CAUUUCAGCACGCUCCUUUUCCUCCAGGGGGGUUUAUUUUUGGGGCGGCGGGGAGUAUCAUUUUGAUCCCGGCAGAGCAAGACUGAAAUCAAGAUAUCUGUUACGGACCCGUCUAUUUAUAUCUAUUCUUUUUUCUUACUGUCGGAACAGUGAUGCGAAUACAAUACAAUUCCAGGAAUCCGCCACUUCCUGGAAUAGAUUAAAAGGCAGCAAACAAAAGAUUACUAAGUAGUGCUUCCCCCCUCCGCUCCCCAAGCGCAGCAUUACUUCAAGAGGCAGCACCGAGCUGAGCUGCAACUCUCUCCGCUCCCUGCUUCCAUUCACUUAGGCGGAGGGAGAUUAUUUAUUGCGAUAUAUAUUUAUUGUUUUUUAAUUCCCGUUUUUUAUGGGCGAUUUCAAACGCCAUCGGGAAGGAAAUAUUUUUUCUUCUUAAACAUAUCCGUAUCUUUGUCUUUGCUAAUUCGAAAGCAAUUAUUUUGAGUGCUACCUUUUAACCUCAACCUCUGGGAAAGAGCUAAGGUCAAGCGCAUUUUUUCUCCCGUAGCUUGCUGAGCAAAGACUUUCCGAAUACCUCAAGUGGCUUUCUGUGAGCGAUCUCCAAGGUGCUUUUGGGAAGGCUCGUUGGGAAAAAUUCAGCCUUCUCUCUCCCAGUGAGUUGCUCAUUGACGGUCGUACCUCCUGUUUGGGAACAAAGCUACGGAGAAGAUAACCAAAGAGGGAGCACUUUUUCCCAGUUCCCUGAAGACUUGAUGCUCUUUGCUUGGUCCUGGAGUGACAUGAUCCUGUGUGUUCAAGGAUCCCAUCCUUUGCUGGCAGAGGAGAAGGCCAGGAGACUGUCACUUGGGGGCCUUGAAGUGAAUUUGUCGGAGCAGAUCAUGCAGCCUCUCUCGGUCGCACCCUUCCAAGAAGGGUCAGUUCCUCCCUUCGUGGCGCCCAUGCCUGAGAGCAGCCCACCUCCACUACGAGACCCAGAAGAGGAUCUGCUGUGCAUUGCCAAAACAUUUUCGUAUCUGCGGGAAUCUGGCUGGUACUGGGGCUCGAUCACAGCCAGUGAAGCCAAGCAGCAGCUGCAGAAGACCCCAGAAGGGACUUUCCUGGUGCGGGACAGCACCCACCCCAGCUACUUGUUCACACUCUCUGUCAAGACCAACCGAGGCCCCACCAACGUGCGCAUUGAGUAUGCUGACAGCAAGUUCCGGCUAGACUCAAACUGCCUCUCCAAGCCGCGCAUUCUGGCCUUCCCGGAUGUGGUCAGCCUCAUCCAGCACUACGUUCUUUCCUGCACUGUGGAGAGCAAGAGCGACACCCCUUACCCGCCCCCCAUGCCCUCGCCUCCCAUCCAAAAGGAGAUGGCAGCGUCAGCAGUGCACCUGAAGCUCAUCCAGCCACACAGCCACAAGGACUCGGCUCCCAGCCUGCAGCACCUCUGCCGGCUACAGAUCCACCGAUCCACCACAGAGACGGAGCAGUUGCCUCUACCAAAGAGAAUGAAGGACUACCUGAAGCAGUACCCCUUCCAGCUCUGAGGACGCUGCCCUUGCCUCAGGCGGACAGUAGGGAUGACCUUGUAAAAAUCCAGAUGGGACAGAGAUAUGGCCUUGCCCUGCUGGCAUUCAUAGGUGACCCAGGAGGCGGUGGCCACACAAGAGACCGCGCCCCUCCUCACCCUCCCUGUAUGCUCACCAGUGACCCCGAUUCCAUUCCUAUGCCAUGGAGGAGGCUGCUUGUGCCAGUGGCACUCGUGUGGUACGUGGUUCCAGUGUCCAACCUCAGGGCAUCUCUCUUUUGCGGACUGUGGCUUUGAGGAAAUGCUCUGGGCUUGUGCACACUACUUGAAUUUCAGGGUCAACAUCAUACCGGGAAUGUCCAACCAUUGUUACUGUCACUUAUUUAUACCCAUGGUAGAUUUGACUCUUUCUCUGUCUAUCGUUUAGAUUGUUUUUACUUCUUUUUCUUUUAUAAACAAAGUGACUAGAGAUGGGCUUCAGCUGUAGCUCUCUGAGGUAGCCCAAUAUGCUUAGGGAGUUUGACUCUAGACUUCAGUUAAGCUUUCUGCCUGCUGCCUGCUCCAUAAUCCUUGGUGGUGUGUUUCAGCCUUCCCCAACCACUGUUAGGCACACACUCCCAUCAUCCUCAGCCAAGGAGACCUGUGCUGGCUGACAAAGGUGAGAGCUGUGGUUCAACACAUCCUGAGGGCAUCAGGUUGGGGAAGCGUGGAUACAGUCUGAAUUUCCUGGAAGAGAGUAUAAGUUUGACUCCAGUCACAUUCAGUGUUGAGACCUCAGCCCUCAACAUUGUGGCACACAGAAUACCUCCUUUCCUCCCAAGGAGGGUCUUUUUCUCCCCUUCCAUCUUCCCUUCUUUGAAGAGGACAAUCUCCAUAAGAAUCAACCGGUUAGAUUCUAGUGAAUUGCUUUCAAAAUAGCAACAGCAGAGGGGCUUGGGUACCUGUCACAGGAGCUUCAACCAGUUGCUUUUGAGGGAUGAGCAUUUUCCAGCCUUAGGAUAAAGCUGGUUCCAACUGUGCUGCUGGGUCAUCAAACUUGUGACUAUAGUCCUUCAAUGACAGAACUCAGCAGAGCAUACGCCCUCAUCUGUGGGCACUUAUUAUCAUCCCACUUCCACCUUCGUACACAAUAUCCCAGCAGUCCUAGAUACAAGACACCAGCACAAGUUGUGUAACACUGAGAAAAAUACCUUGGCGUUAAUGCUGCCUUCCAUUCAUUUGCCAGUCUUAGGGCAAGUUCUCUGAAGAAGGCUAAUUUAUGCAGUCAGAAGAGAAGUUUGUCCUCCAUUGCAAGUCUAAAUCUUCGGGGCAGUUACAGAUAAACAUGUUUUCAUAGGCCUAAGGUUUUUAAGAGUGAUGCUCUUGCUGCAUCAGAGGGUGAGAUGUAGGAUGGUGUAAGAUCAGCCUUCCCCACCUGAGGCUCACCAGAUGUGUUGAACUACAACUCCCAUCCUAAACAGCUGGGGAAGGCUGGACAAGACCAUAAUGUAAUUUGGGAUGAGGGGAAAUCAGGAGCAAUUGCUCCCAUCAACCUUCCAGCAGCAUGACCUGGUUAUGCCCAUUUUUUCCAUGUGUUCCCCCCUGAAUGUUACUGUAUUUCUGGUUUUAUUUAGUCUAUUUUGAUAAUUAACAGACAAUAUGUGUGUGUGUGUGUGUGAUGUCUGGUUUGUUGAUCACUGAGCGCUCCACUUGUGCACUGGGGCCAGUGUUGGAGCAAGGGCAAAUGAAUGAGAAAAGAAAAUAUAUUAACAACAGAAUACAAUAAAUGAUUUUUUGAAUAUAAAAA